GGUCUACCCGCACCUAUGAUUUUCCCAGGAAAAUCGUUGAGCUGACGACAGAAGAUCCUCAAGUAACCCUGGCUCGAAUCGCAUUGGAACGCGCCCUACUUGAGGCGGAACGUAGAAAAAUGGAUAUCGCUCGCUCGCAACUCGACAUCGAUAUGACUAGAGCCCAGGCCCUCAGAGACUCAGAACAGCCCAGCAUUGGAUGCACUUCAUCUCAACCUGUUCGUUCUCAAAAGGGAGAGCGGUUUGUUACAGAAGGCUGUGCACGGAGCGAUCGUGCAAGCCAGUUCGGGGGAAUAGCAGUCAGUCUGGCUUCCUCCUUCACUAUCAGACAUGCUCCCGGAGCAUCGAAGUGCGCCAAGUCUCCCAAUUUCGGUGCAAUUAACGCCACCCAGACACCAGUCAGGAAAGCCUCCUCGAGAUUAAUGUUGAUUUCCGAAUUGGAGCACUCCUCCAAGAAGACCGACGACCGUCACUCGUCAUAUGCGGAAGCGUCAAACACAGCGACUCAUUCCGAGGGCACGGUAGCAGUCACAAGUUCACCUGCGUCGACCGUGCUUGAGAACCCGAGCAGAGUUGUCUAUCAUCGUGGUCCCAGAGCGGUCUCGCCGACAUCGGCUCCCCAGCAGAGCGCGGCGUCAGUCUCGACGACAUCGGCUCCCCAGCAGAGCGCGGUGUCAGUCUCGACGACAUCGGCUCCCCAGCAGAUCGCGGCGUCAGUCUCGACGACAUCGGCUUCCCAGCAGAGCGCGGCGUCAGUCUCGACGACAUCGGCUCCCCAGCAGAGCGCGGCGUCAGUCUCGACGACAUCGGCUCCCCAGCAGAGCGCGGCGUCAGUCUCGACAACAUCGGCUCCCCAGCAGAGCGCGGCGUUAGUCUCACAUACAUCGGACACUCAGCGGAGUCAUGUGAUAGCAUUGCCUACAUCUGCUUCCGCACGGAGCGCGGCGACAGCACCCCCAGAAUUGGAUCCAACCCAGAAAUCAGUGAAGGUCGUUAGAGUCACCCGCUCUCGAGACGCGGCGGACACGUUGACAGCAAAAUCUCAAAUGGAUCUGCAUGGAACAACUUCUCAGUCCCUUCGAUGGGAGUUUGUCGACCCAGGCGGUGGAGCGCGGCAAGCUUCUCGCGUCGAACCCGGUCGUCAAGAAGCGAGGGCAACACGUAUGACGUCGCCGCCUCAGAAGACGUGGCGGAGCGGUGAAUCUCACUCGUCUACACUAUCGAAGGGAUCUUGCUUUCAAAUCGAUGUCCCAAGAGUUUUGAGUUACGUGACUUUGCCAAUUUGAUGGUCUUGAGUGUUAGAUUCAAUGUAUUCUCUGGCUUAAAGUUAAAUGCCAAUUGUGAAAGUUUGAUGGUAGUGAGUGUCAGAUUCAAUGUACGUAUCCACUAGUGUAAAAUUCAAUUGUCAAUUUAUGGUAUCAGUUUUCUAUAGUUUGCUUGCAAAGAGUGCCAUAAUUAAAUUUCACUGGUUACAGUUCGCAUACAAAUCUCGCGGCCCUGAGCGCCAAAAGUUUGCUAUUAAUGUAUUCGUGUAUUGAGGAAUCAUGUACCAACGUAAAUGUGUAUUCAUGUAUUAAGCAUAGUGAUGUCUUUCUUGUUGGCCAAUAGCGCCAAAAUUUUCUUCUUUUGUUUCGGCCACUAGUGCCAGUUGACAUAACGAGGGUAGUUGUUUGACGUAGCGAAGGCGACACCAGAUUGCCAGAACGGAACGUAAACCAAAACGAUUUCUGAAAAAUAAAAGUUGACUUCCCAUGCAGUCAACCGGGGCGGAGUGUCACGUUCAUUUCAACGUGUAAAAAUAGUAUCAAUAUAUCGUUGACCGAGGAGC